UCUGUCUGUCUGUCCGAUCCUUGUAUGUUUUGAUGGGUGCUUUAAGUAUAAGCGUUAAUCUUAAAUAUAAUUUCCUUUAAAUCACCCUUUUUAACAUUAUUUAGACAAGUAUAAUUUUUUGAAGCAUGGCUGCCCCGAUGUUUGCUGUUAUUGUUGCAGGCAGAUUGGUCCAAACAGAUUUUCAAAGCAUUGAUGCCACAAAAUUUGUGACUCAUAUUCUUGAUGCUGAUAGCAUCAACCAUAUUGUUGUUUUUUUGACUGGAUCUCAACCAUUUCCUGAUGGUGUUGGAGGUUCAGUUUAUUUCAGUUGGCCUGAUCCUAAUGCCGCACCUUCUUGGCAGCUGUUGGGUUUCAUUACAAAUGCGAAACCCAGUGCCAUUUUCCGAAUUUCUAAGCUUAAACCAGAGCAAAACUUGACGACACCAUUUGGAGAACGACCUAUAUCACAUGUUGCUCAGAUUGGCAUUUCAGUUGAACCUUUGGCACAGUUAGAGUUGCAAACUCCUAUUUCUGCAAGUACUCCAUCAAAUGCAACAACAUUUAUGGAAUUUUCCAAUAAAAUGCUCGAAAACUUUGUAAAUUUCAUAUGUUCCUUUGCAGUAACACCAAAUCAGAUUUUGCCUAAUCGAACUGAGAAUUUUGUUCCCCUAAGUGCUGUCCAACAGUGGUAUGAAAACUUUCAAAGGCGACUCCAGCAAAAUCCAAACUUUUGGAAAAGUUGAUUUUUGUAAUUUCACAGUCACCUCGUUUUCAGCUGUAAUCAAAGUGGUUGUGUAUCCAUACAUUUUUCCUCCUCUCUGAUAAAUCUAAUGUUUAAAAAAAAUAAAAUUCUUUUUUUGUGGCUA